AAUUGAUUUUUUUAUUAAGCCAAAAUUACAAAGCAAAAAAAAAAAAAAAAAAUUAAGUAUAAUAUACCUCCUUUAUCCAUAUACCUUCUGUUCCCUGUGACAGUGAGUUUCAAAUGCUGCAUCUUCACCAUUCUCUUUCAAUUCACACAAACAGCUAUCCAAUUACCUCAGUUUCUGGUUCUGGUUUAAAUAGAUGGAAUAUAUUCAAGAAAACAAGAAAAAGAAAAAAAAUUCCUUUGCUUAAAGCAGUAGAGAAAGAUUCUGAAUUUGAAGUAGACCAAGAUAAGGCCCGUGAAGCUUUGAGAAAACUUGAUGAAGAACUUCAGUCCAUUUCUCAGAAAAAAAUUGACCCUCCAAAAAUUAGAGCUACGGAGCUGAGCCGCGAUAGCUUUCAAAUGACAGAAGAGAAUAAAGAUCUUUCAGGAUCUUUCUUAAAUUCAUUAGCCUUUGGUCUUUUACUCUUCACUAUUUUCUACAAUAUACUCUUCGUUACUGUAAUCAAACCAGCAGUCGAUGGGCCAGACACAAUUCCAGAAAUAGACUUAACGCUUGAAACUCUACAAGCAGCACCACUACGGCAGUUGUUAUCGAUACCUCGAGUUUCAAAAUGAGCUGUGAAAUUACAUUGUAUUGAGGCAGAAAGGCUGAAGCAACUGUAUAUUUCUUGUUUCAAAAUAGUAAUAUCUUGAUUUAGUCUGUUUAAUGAUGUAAAUCUCAGGAGAGUGAAACUGGUGUAUAUCAAUUUAUCAGCACUAACUCAGUAUCUUUCAAAUUUGCCUGUAAAAUUGUACAUUCUGUUACUCAUCUAUACUAUGUAAUAUGUUAUGUUUUGAUAGAUA